CUCCGAGGGAGGGAGAGAGAGGGGAGGUGGCCACCCGGGGAAGCGGGGAGGGGCGGGGGCGGAGACAGUGGGCGGGGGCGGGCGGGGGCGCUGUGCAGCCCGCAGGGGGUGUGUGCGGGGGGCCGGAGGCGGCGGCUGUCAGAGUCGGCUCAGCCUGCGCCGGGGAACAUCGGCCGCCUCCAGCUCCCGGCGCGGCCCGGCCCGGCCCGGCUCGGCCGCCUCAGCAGACACCGCCUGCCCUGCAGCCAUGAGGCCCCCGCAGUGUCCCCUGCACACGCCUUCCCUGGCUUCUCCACUCCUUCUCCUCCUUCUCUGGCUCCUGGGAGGAGGAGUGGGGGCUGAGGGCCGGGAGGAUGCAGAGCUGCUGGUGACUGUGCGUGGGGGCCGGCUGCGGGGCAUUCGUCUGAAGACCCCCGGGGGCCCCGUCUCUGCUUUCCUGGGCAUCCCCUUUGCGGAGCCACCCAUGGGACCUCGUCGCUUUCUGCCACCGGAGCCCAAGCAGCCUUGGUCAGGGGUGGUAGAUGCUACAACCUUCCAGAGUGUCUGCUACCAGUAUGUGGACACCUUAUACCCAGGUUUUGAGGGCACCGAGAUGUGGAACCCCAACCGUGAGCUGAGUGAGGACUGCCUCUACCUCAACGUGUGGACACCAUACCCCCGGCCUACAUCCCCCACCCCUGUCCUCGUCUGGAUCUAUGGGGGUGGCUUCUACAGUGGGGCCUCCUCCUUAGACGUAUAUGAUGGCCGCUUCUUGGUACAGGCCGAGAGGACUGUGCUGGUGUCCAUGAACUACCGGGUGGGAGCCUUUGGCUUCCUGGCCCUGCCCGGGAGCCGAGAGGCCCCGGGCAAUGUGGGUCUCCUGGAUCAGAGGCUGGCCCUGCAGUGGGUGCAGGAGAACGUGGCGGCCUUUGGGGGGGACCCGACAUCAGUGACGCUGUUUGGGGAGAGCGCGGGUGCUGCCUCAGUGGGCAUGCAUCUGCUGUCCCCGCCCAGCCGGGGUCUGUUCCACAGGGCCGUGCUGCAGAGCGGUGCCCCCAAUGGACCCUGGGCCACGGUGGGCAUGGGAGAGGCCCGCCGCAGGGCCACACAGCUGGCCCACCUUGUGGGCUGUCCCCCAGGCGGCACUGGUGGGAAUGACACAGAGCUAGUAGCCUGCCUUCGGACACGACCAGCGCAGGUCCUGGUGAACCACGAAUGGCAUGUACUGCCUCAAGAAAGCGUCUUCCGGUUCUCCUUCGUCCCUGUGGUAGAUGGAGACUUCCUCAGUGACACCCCAGAGGCCCUUAUCAACGCGGGAGACUUCCAUGGCCUGCAGGUGCUGGUGGGUGUGGUGAAGGAUGAGGGCUCAUAUUUUCUGGUUUACGGGGCCCCAGGCUUCAGCAAAGACAACGAGUCUCUCAUCAGCCGGGCCGAGUUCCUGGCCGGGGUGCGGGUCGGGGUCCCCCAGGUAAGUGACCUGGCAGCCGAGGCUGUGGUCCUGCAUUACACAGACUGGCUGCAUCCCGAGGACCCGGCACGCCUGAGGGAGGCCCUGAGCGAUGUGGUGGGCGACCACAAUGUCGUGUGCCCCGUGGCCCAGCUGGCUGGGCGACUGGCUGCCCAGGGUGCCCGGGUCUACGCCUACGUCUUUGAACACCGUGCCUCCACGCUCUCCUGGCCCCUGUGGAUGGGGGUGCCCCACGGCUACGAGAUCGAGUUCAUCUUUGGGAUCCCCCUGGACCCCUCUCGAAACUACACCGCGGAGGAGAAAAUCUUCGCCCAGCGACUGAUGCGAUACUGGGCCAACUUCGCCCGCACAGGGGACCCCAAUGAGCCCCGAGACCCCAAGGCCCCGCAAUGGCCCCCGUACACGGCGGGGGCUCAGCAGUACGUGAGUCUGGACCUGCGGCCGCUGGAGGUGCGGCGGGGGCUGCGCGCCCAGGCCUGCGCCUUCUGGAACCGUUUCCUCCCCAAAUUGCUCAGCGCCACCGCCUCGGAGGCUCCCAGCACCUGCCCAGGCUUCACCCAUGGGGAGGCGGCUCCGAGGCCCGGCCUCCCCCUGCCCCUCCUCCUUCUCCACCAGCUUCUCCUCCUCCUCCUCUCCCACCUCCUGCGGCUGUCACCACGGCCUCUUCCCCUACGGCCACAGAGGCCCCUCCUCUAAUGAGUGGUCGGACAGUGGGGAAGGGCCCCACUCAGGGAUCUCAGACCCAGUGACCCCUUCCUCCUCAAACCAAGAGACUCACACUGGACAGGGCAGGAGGAGGGGACUGUGCCUCCCACCCUUCUCAGGGACCCCCACGCCUUUGUUGUUUGAAUGGAAAUGGAAAAGCCAGUAUUCUUUUAUAAAAUUAUCUUUUGGAACCUGAGCCUGACACUGGGGGGAAGAGGGAGGCCCUGGGCUGGGUAGCACCCCCCAUUGGGCUAUAACGGUCAACCAUUUCUGUCUCUUCUUUUUCCCCCAACCUCCCCCUCCUGUCCCCUCUGUCCCCCUGUCUUCCGGUCAUUCUUUUCUCCUCCUCUCUCCUUCCUGCUGUCCUUCUCUGGCCCCGCCUCUGCCCUCAUCCUCCCUCUCGUCUUUCGCACAUUCUCCUGAUCCUCUUGCCACCGUUCCACGUGGUCGCCUGCAUUUCUCCGUGCGUCCUCCCUGCACUCAUGCCCCCACCCACCCGCCCAAAUGUCCGAUCCCCGACCUUCUUCGUACGGUCCUCCCCCGCGCCUCGCCGGGCGCCCUGGCCACAGACACGCUCGACGAGGCGGAGCGCCAGUGGAAGGCCGAGUUCCACCGCUGGAGCUCCUACAUGGUGCACUGGAAGAACCAGUUCGACCACUACAGCAAGCAGGAUCGCUGCUCAGACCUGUGACCCCGGCGGGACCCCCAAGUCCCCCGCUCCGCCCGGCCUCCUAGCUGUAUAUACUAUUUAUUUCAGGGCUGGGCUAUAACACAGAGAAGCCCCAGACCCUGCCCAUCCCCACUCCACCCCCGACGUCCCCCGGGGCUCCCGGUCCUCUGCAUGUCUCGGACUGAGCUCCCUCCCCCGCGGUGCCUUUGCCCCUCUGGGCUGCCAAUAAACUGUUACAGCCA